AUGUCCUCAGCAUCUGACCGCGCGAAAUUUUACUAUCUUCCUGAACGUCAACUGACUCUGCAAGAAAAGAAAUCUUCGGCACGCUCGAAAGAUACGGAAAACUCUAUGGAUGCCAGAUGUUUAUGGUUAAUAUCUGCACCCAAGUCACGUCGCAUGGAUAUUUUGGAGACCUGGACAUGCCCCCAGCUAAGGGCGUGGAGAUACCGCUGUACCGCAUAUACCACCGUUGACUUGCCACUUUGGCGAUGUGAUGCCUACAUCAUUUCAUUCGACGCUGGGAUUGAUAUUGAUAACGGAGUCGAUGCAUUCUGGAUGUCCGUAUGCAAAAAACUGCGUGUCUUGAAUCCGACCUUGUUCGCCUUUGACGAACAAUUGCGUGUAACUUCGCACACGUUCGAGA